CCCCCGCUCUAGGGCCUUUUGACUUCGUCAAAAGAAGAUUAAAAAUCCUAAACAGUAAAGCCAUGGGAAGUGCAUGUCCUUUCGAUUUCGGUUUUCCACAACCCGACCCUAUAUAGCUUGACUGUAACACCCUCAUGAUUUUCAGCUGCCAAAGAGAACAGUCGGUGUUCAGAGGUGCCAGACGCAGGAGGAGCAGAGCAGAGGCAGCAAGGACAGCUGAGAACUUGUGCCCUCGCUGCAGCACGGAGACAAGUUGCCAUGGCGUCUGGACCCAUCAUGUUGGUUCCCAUGUGUUUGGUGGAAAACAAGAAUGAGCAGUUUUCGGUGAACCAGAAAGCCUUAAAGAUUCUUAACAAGAUUUCUCAACCUGUGGUGGUUGUGGCCAUUGUCGGGCUGUAUCGUACAGGAAAAUCCUACUUGAUGAACUGUCUUGCGAGAGAAAAGCUUGGUUUCCCUCUGGGCUCCACGGUGCAGUCUGAAACCAAGGGCAUCUGGAUGUGGUGUGUGCCUCACCCUUCUAAGCCAAGUCACACCCUGGUCCUUCUGGACACCGAGGGCCUGGGUGAUGUGGAAAAGGGGGAUCCUAAGAAUGACUCGUGGAUCUUCGCGCUGGCCGUGCUUCUGAGCAGCAUGUUUGUCUACAACAGCAUGAACACCAUCAACCACGAUGCCUUGGAGAAACUGCAUUAUGUGGCAGAGCUCACUGAACUCAUCAGGGCAAAGUCUUCCCCUGUGUCGAAUGGAGUAGAAGACUCCACAGAGUUUGUGAGUUUCUUUCCAGACUUUAUCUGGACUGUACGGGAUUUCACCCUGGAGCUGAAGUUAAACGGUCGCCCCAUCACAGAAGAUGAGUACCUGGAGAAUGCCUUGAAGCUGAUUCCAGGUGUAAAUCCCAAACUUAAAAACUCCAACAUACUCAGGGAAUGUAUCAGACAUUUUUUUCCCAAACGGAAGUGUUUUGUCUUUGACCGGCCAACAAACGAUAAGGAGCUCCUAGCCCAUGUUGAGGAUAUUUUGGAAAGCCAACUGGAUCCUAAAUUCCGGAAACAAUCAGAUAAUUUCUGUUCUUAUAUCUACACCCAUGCGAAGACCAAGACCCUCAGGGAAGGAGUCAAGGUCACUGGGAAUCGGCUGGGGCCUCUGGUGGUGACCUAUGUAGAUACCAUCAACAAAGGGUCGGUUCCUUGUUUGGAGAACGCAGUGACAACUCUGGCCCAGCUUGAGAACUCAGCAGCCAUGCAGAAGGCAGCCGACCACUACAGUGAGCAGAUGGCCCAGCGAGUGAGGUUCCCCACAGACACGCUCCAGGAGCUGCUGGACAUGCACGCAACCUGUGAGAGGAAAGCCAUUGAAAUCUUCAUGGAGAACUCCUUCAAGGAUGAAAACCAGGAGUUCCAGAAGAAGCUUCUGGAAAUCCUAAAGAAUAAGAAGGAGAGUAUUUUGCUGCAGAAUGAAGAGGCAUCUGCUAAAUACUGUCAGGCUAAACUUGAUCAACUUUCAACGGACCUAAUGGAAAGUAUUUCAGCAGGAACUUUCUCUGUUUCUGGAGGGCACAAGCUCUACAGGAAAGAAAAGGAUAGGAUUGAACGACACUAUUGGCAAAUGCCCGGGAAAGGAGUGAAGGCAAAAGAAAUCUUCCAGAAAUUUCUUGAGUCACAGGUGACAAUAGAGAAAUCCAUCCUGCAGACAGAUAAAGCCCUCACCCAAAGGGAGAAGGCCCUCGCAGCGGAGCAGGCCAUGAAGGAGGCAGCUGAGAAGGAACAGGCGUGGCUAAGACAGAAAUACCAGGAACAGCAACAGCAGAUAGAGGCACAACAUAGGAGUAUCCAGGAAAACAUCGUCCAACUGAGAGAAAAGCUGGAGAGGGAAAGAGAGGAUGUUCUGAGAGAACAAACAAGGAUACUAGAACACAAGAUAAAAAUCCAAGAGGAUUUGCUUAAUGAAGGCUUUAAGAAGAAAUCUGAAGAGAUGGAGGCAGAGAUAAAUCGUCUGAGAAAUUUGAUUGAGACUACUGAAAAGGAGAAAACUCCCUGGAUUUCACGAACCCUGGACCAUCUUGCCACUGAAGCAUCUGCAAUCCUAUCUGUACCUGCUAAGCUAGUUGAUAAGGGUCUGAGGUGGCUUGGCUCACUGUUUAAAUAGGAUUAGCUUUUUUUUUAAGGAAAUUAUAGAACGUGGAUAUAUGCUGUGCCUUAUUUUUGGUGUGCAUGUUUUUUUAAUUUCACUCAGAAAAAUUGUAAACAUAAAAAGUGCCUACUAGAGUAUAUCAGUGCCUGACACACAUUAGAUAGGUUAAGUGUUGGUUUUAUUAUUUUAAAGAGAAAAACAAGCAACUAUUUAUAGCAGCAGUUGGCAAACUUUAAAUCUGUCCUGAUGCCUGUUUUUGUAAAUAAAGUUUUAUUGGAACACCACCACACCCCUUCAUUUACAUAUUGUCUAUGGCUACUUUCAUAUCACAACAAUAGAGUGAAGUCGUUGCAACAAUCACUGUACAACCCACAAAACCUAAAAUUUUUCCUUUGGGGCACUUUAUAGAAAAAGCUUACCUUACUCAUAAUUAGAAAAUGAAACUAAAACUACCAGGUAUUACCUUUCACUUCUCAGAUGGACAAGGAUGAAUAAGUUUGAUAGAAAAUUGUGUUAGAAAGGUAUGGAAAAAGAGUCUGUCUUGUAUGGGAGUGUAAGUUGGACAAUUUCUGUCAAGAAGUUAUCCUAAUAUUUCUUACAUGUUAAUAUAUUUAUGCCUUGAUAUACCAUCUUCACUUUUAGGAAAAUACAUGUGCAAAAUUACACACACAUGCACACACACA